GUGAAUUCAUUUACGCAGGUUUAAAGGAUUCAUAUCAACUUCGUUUAAAAGUCGAUAUUCCACUGUUUUAACAUAAUCACUUAACGUGUAUUUAUAACAUCACAUUUACACCAUGAACGGAAUAGUGAAAUCAGUGUUGAGUAUUAAUACUUUUAAGAAUUUAGUAAAUCCUUUAAAAAACAACAGUGUCGGAAAAUCGUGCAGGCUAUUAUGGAGCACGUGUAAUUCAUCAGUUGUAGAACCAAAAACAAAGCCUUUAUUGGGGAAAGGACAACUAGAAUGCAGUAGUCAUAAUGUACAAUUUAUGCACACGAAAGGAGAAAAGGAAUUGGCUGAGUUCCUUAGUGAAGAAAUUGUUGCCGAGAAGAAAGCACAGAAAAUCAAAAAUGUUCCCUCAGAACUCGAUGGGUUCAAAGUCAAAUUGGAUGGUGCUGAAGUCACACUUACAAAAGAUACUAGCUUGGAAUGUAUACAAGUUAGUUUCAACGUAAACCACACUGUGGAUGCAGAAGGAGAAGCACAAAUUGAUCCAACUAUGGAUAAGCCAGAUUUUGCAGAAAUGAAGAGCCGUCCCACUUUUGAAGUUGAUAUUAUUCGAAAUGGAAAAACAUUAAGUUUCACAUGCUCUUUCAUGCAGGAACCUGAUGCCACAGGUGGUAGCUUGCAAACAGAUGCCUACAGUAAAUACGAUGUAUUUGGAAUUGAUGAAGUAACGAUGUAUGAAGGAGAAUGGAAUGACAAAACAUAUGCAGUAGCAGGAGAUGUCUUAGAUGGAUAUUUAUAUGAUUUACUAAUGAAUUUAUUGGAGGAGAAAGGCAUCACUAAUGAAUUCGCAGAGAAAAUUGCUGAUUUCAGUACCGUCUAUGAACAUUCUGCAUAUGUAGGCUUACUAGAAGGACUGUCGAGAUUCACAAUGGAUGUUAGCCAAAAAGCUUCCAAAUAAAUCUUAAGCUUGUAUUAUAAGGAACUUGAUAGACUUAUGAAAGUUAGUUAUAAAAUUUUCUUCUAGCCAUAUAUAUUAUACUGUUUAUAUAAAUAGAAAUUGAAAAAUUGGUA